CAAAGAGGUGCGAAAACAAUUCUUGUCAUUCAUUUCGAGCAAUUAUUAUAACUGAUUUUCAUACUACCGUAAUAUUUACUUCGAGUAAUGGCAUCCGAUGAAUAUCAAAUUCAAAAUAUUUACCGUUAUUCUAGAAAAUCUUUCAGAAAUCAUCAAGACUCUAAUAUAGAUAAUUACGCACCGAGCCCAAGGGAGGACGCAGAUUCUGACGCGGCCGAUUCAUCGCCCAGAAAUGACAUAAGAUUUGAUGAAAUAAGGCUUGCAAGCGCCGGCUGCAGUUGCGACCUAGACCCUGAAGCUGAUAUUGCUAACAUUCUUCAUAAAAAAUGUCCAGUCAUCGCCUUGGCCCAGCAGCAACUUCAGAAGCUAUUGGACGAAACAGACAGAUUUCUUUGCGAUAACGCGCGGUUGAAUUAUAAAUCUCCCUACGAUGUUGUCUGCUUAUGCAAAGAAACCUUAUUGAACUUAAACAAAUGGGAAUAUAUUAUUAUUAUUUUACUUGUGACAGCAUUUCUCAUUGGUCUAAUAAUAGGUGCAGCAUCAUGUAAGUCUCAGAAUGGCAAAUUCAAUAGCCAUUUAUUGACAUGCAUAGAUCAUUUUCUCACUUCUGAUGCAUACGCUACUGAUAAAAGUUUUCGCGCUAUCACAUAAUCUAUAGAAUUUUUUA